GCAUACGGUAAGAUACCCAGCACCCCCUUGCUAUCAUGGGUAGCAUUUUGUAUUCCGUUUGCUUUUGGAUCUGUUCCAUUCGCUCAUAAAAACAAGCAAAGACAACUACCCAGCACAAGUCAACCCAACGAAUAGAUAAUUAUUAAAACAAAGUAGUCAAAGUAUCACAAUGGACAAGAGAUUUCGCAAUCUGAUCUUGGCGCAAGUAGAGGCGGUGGUAUACGACAAGCCACCGUCGCGUCAAUCUCUGUACGAACUGCUCAAGAUUGCUACCCCCGAUUUGAAAUUGCACAUGGUGGACAAUACGAGUCAACGGCAGUCGGCAUAUAAGGCGCUGAAAGUCUUGAUUCAUCCCGACAAGCACGCCAAAGCGUUGAAGAAUGACAAGAAGGAAUUACAGCGCGUCACGAAAAUCUUUCAAGAAACAUCGGCUUAUUACAAUGUCUGUUGUUCCCGCUUGGCACUGGAAUCCCCCAGUAUGGGCGACAACAAUUCCUUUGGAGAAACCGAAACGCCCACGAAAAAACGCGAGUCGCGGCAUACCAAAGGAAGCAAGAGUAGUAAGAGUCCCAUGCGCCGCACCCACUCGGGCUUUGAUCAAGACAAUAUUUCCAACAAGCGCGAUUUUCGACCUCCUUCGAUUAUUAGCGUCAGUGGCAGUGGUCGAUUGCCCGUCGAAUUUGAUUCGUAUGAAGAAUGGCCCUAUUUGACAGACAUGGUCAAAGUCAAGGAUAUGGAAUCGGUCUCGGUCAACGAAUUGGCAUGGAUCAUGGCCUGUCGUGUGAUUAACCUAAGAGGUGGUGUCAUUCACGGACAAGCCAUUGGACGGGCCUAUCAAGUCACCAAAAAGAGUUCCGAUUUGGAAAAGUGUGAUAGUGUCGACGCUGUCUUGAGACAUUUUGGAUUUGUCUGUCGUUCCAAACUCUCGCGAGUUCAAGAUAUCAAGUACGAAAUUAUGGAACACGGACCCGUCAUUUCCACAUCGUUUGAAUUGCACAAGGCAUUUUAUCAGUCCAGCGAUGCGAGCUCCAAUUUCAGUCCCAAUCAAGUCUCUCGCAUUCAUCCAUUGCUCCUUGUGGGAUGGACCAUGACCAGUCAAGGAGAAUUGUGGAAAGUACAAGCACUGCAGAGUGGAGAAACCUUUGAAAUUGGGACCGGACAAUUCAAUGUUUCCGCUUCGGUACUAGCACCCCCCGAUGCCAUUUUGGAAACCAUUCCGUGGCAAUCCAGUGGUCCGUAUUUGGACUUGAACAUGCCUUCUGUUGUUGGAUUGAGCAAAGAUUGGAGAGAUUUGCGACACAUGAGUAUCAGUAUCAGUGCCAAGGAACUAGAGACAUUUUCCAAAAUGCUCGAAGGAGGAUUCCAAGCCGCCAUUAAAAGCAAACAAUCCUUUGUCAUUCGCGACAAGCACAAGUUGGCAUACAGUCGGCGAUACACCUUGCGAGAAAUUGCUACAGGCGACAGUGGCAAGUGGAAAAUUUCCGUCAGUCAAGCCGAGAGUUAGUUAGUGAACCGGAUCGAAUCGAAAGCGUCUUGCCCCGAUGGUUGUUGGGACGUUCGUUCUCGCAAGAGGUCGUUCACCACGCUCUUUUUGGUAUGUAUGCAUGCAUUCAUUCACUCCUUUUUAAAAUAAGUUUAGUUGAGAAAAUUGUGUUAUUAAACGUUUACUGUUGAUAUCU